AAAAAGCGUCGCGCCGUCGUAAAGCGCGAAAGGGAAGAUGGCGGCGGCGGUGACGGUGCGGGCGGCCGCGGCCGAGCCCUGGGCCGGGAUCGGGCCCGCGGGGGGGCAGGAGUGGGGCCGGGAGCCCGUCAGCACCGGCACCACCAUCAUGGCCGUGGAGUUCGACGGGGGCGUCGUCAUCGGGGCCGACUCCCGCACCACCACCGGGUCGUACGUGGCCAAUCGGGUGACGGACAAGCUGACCCCCGUCCAUGACCUCAUCUUCUGCUGCCGCUCGGGCUCUGCCGCCGACACCCAGGCGGUGGCCGACGCCGUGGCCUAUCAGCUGGGCUUCCACAGCGUGGAGCUGGCGGAGCCGCCCCGCGUGGGCACGGCCGCCCGCCUCUUCCAGCAGAGCUGCUACCGCUACCGCGAGGAGCUCAGCGCCGGCGUCAUCGUGGCCGGCUGGGACCCACGGCGCGGGGGGCAGGUGUACGUGGUGCCCAUGGGGGGGAUGCUCCUGCGCCAGCCCUUCGCGGUGGGGGGCUCCGGCAGCUCCUACAUCUACGGCUUCCUGGACGCCACCUUCCGGCCCGGCAUGAGCCGGGAGCAGGGCAGGGACUUCGUCGCCCGAGGGCUGGCGCUGGCCAUGGGGCGGGACGGCUCCAGCGGGGGGGUGAUCCGCCUGGCCACCAUCACCGCCGACGGCGUGGAGCGGGAGCUGCUGGCCGGGGACCAGCUGCCGGGGGGGGACGGCGGCCCCCCCAUCUGAGGGGGCACCCCCAAACCUGAGG